AUGGCAAAGGCUGGUAAUAUCCCUGGUGGAUACGGCGGUGCAGCCUUCGGUGGUCUCGGAGCAGGCAGCGCUCGGUUCCGAGGCGGCUACGCUGGACGUGGCUAUGUCGCCGGCGGUGGUGGCGGUUAUUAUGGCGGAGGUAGCAGAGCCUACGAAAACAAUCGGCCGAGGCCAUACAGUUUCGGAUACGUCGCUCAGGCGCUGGGCGGUUCCAGCUCUCGCCAGGAGGUAGGCGAUGGCAAUGGUGCUGUCCAGGGAGUGUACACCAUCACCACGGCGGAAGGCGGCCAGCGCAAGGUCAAGUACACGGCCGACGCAGCAGGCUUCCGUGCCGUGGUCGACACCAACGAGCCCGGCACACAGAGUGAGAGUCCAGCCGACGUGGCCCUGAGGUCGUCCUCCCCGCCGGCUUACGUGCUCGCAGCCAAGUACGGCCCGACUGGGUCGUCGUAUGCCGGCGUCAGGCCGAGCACUCUGUAUGGUGGCGUUGGUGCCCUCUAUGGUGGGGAAGCUGCCGGAUACGGGGCCACUGGUCUCUACGGAGGUCUCGGCAGCCGAGGCGUUGGAGCGCUCGGCAAGCACGGCGGCUGGCACUAGUGCACCGGUCUUCUAUGUGUAUUCUACGCCUACGCGUACCUUGGUUUUUGCCACAAUAGUGUCAGUAUGCACACUUCCACUGUGUGAUCGACUUUUACACCUGGUGUCUUAGUCGUCUACUUGCUGUUGACACCAGGCUCACUGGAUGCUGCGGCUGCUGGAGGUGGUGGGGAAAAGAGGGUCAUUUGCUCUGCUUUGUUGCA